UAUUUUUGAACAUGGUUGCCAUGUGCUUGAAAAAUUUAAUCUAUUGAAAUUUGUGAGGAUAAUGAAAUGCUGUUAUAUGAGUGUCAAAGUAAAUUGGUUUGAGAAAGCUUAGUUUGGAAAAUAUUUUUGAAUAUGGUUGCCACUUGUUUGAAAAUUUUCAUUCAAUAAAAUGGAUAAGAUCAAUGAAUUGCUGCAAUUUGGGUAUGAAAGGAUAGGUAUUUGGAAACUUUUUGGUUAAGAAAUAUUUUUCAAGGGGUUGUCACCUAUAUAAAAAGUCGAAAUUUAAAAUAUUAAAAUUAAAUUAAGUAUUGCAAGAUGAGUACCAAACUAAAAGUGUUUGAGGAAACUUUAUUAGAAGGCACUUCAAAAAAUUUGAAUGAAGAAAGAAUUUACAACGUUUAAUCAAACGAAGUGUUCAAAAAUACGUUGCUCAAAAAAAAAUUCAAAAGGGUUGCUACUGACUUCAUAUGACAGUGUUUACCGAGCGUCGGGAAUAGAAUUUUUGCAUAUAUGUAUAACACAAAGUGUUAAAUAAAUAAAUGCAUAAAUUGCAUAAAAGUAAUCUUUUCAUGACCCGGCUUAAUGUACAGUUUAUAUCUUCACAUACAUACAUACAUACAUACAUACAUAAAUAUAGUAUUUGUAUUUAUAAACGGCGUGUUUUAAAUAAUCUCACAUUAAUUAAAUAAGUAUUUUUCUGAAAGCCGGCCGUAUAAAAGGCGGUUACUUUAAGAAAAUUUACAUUUUAAUCAAUUUUAUUAACAUGAGUAAAACAACAAUGAAAUUCAUAUGGAUUUUCGCUUUCGUUUUACUUGCGCUGGUCACACUAGCAGCGGCGCAAGAUGUGCAAUGUCCUGGAAGACCACCAACGCAACUAUGUCUGAAGCCAAAGAAUGUUGGUACAUCCGGUCGUGGCUGUCAGCCCAGACAAAUGUGGCACUUCAAUGAAAGGGCGCAAAGAUGUGAGCGUCUGAAUUAUCUCGGCUGUGGAGGGAAUGAGAAUCGUUUCUGCACCUUGGAGGGCUGUCGGAAUUCUUGCAUUUGAUGGAGGAAGUCUAUACAAAAUUUACUUAUGUAUAUGUACAUUUACAUUUUAUGGGAAAAAUAAGUUACAAAAUUCUUUAUUAUGCACUUAUGCAGUUUUAGCUAUAUUUCUUUUGUUUAUUUGUUGUUUACUAUUUUUUUUUUUUUUUAAAUAAGUAUCAUACAAAUCCAAAGUUAAACUUUGUAUAAAAAUUUAACAAAAUGUAUCAAUUUCCAAACUUUCAAUUUGAAUAUUAAAAAAUAGGGUGUUUUAUCCUAUUGAAUUUUAGUAGAGUUUGAAUAAAAUGUCAUUUAGAAAAGUUGCUUAUUGUGUCGAGGUACCACAAAAUUUCAGUAUAAAAGACAACUUACACUUCAUAGCAUAUAUUUAUG